GUCAGAUAUAUUAGUUUUAGAGACGUAGUGGUUGUUCUGAUAAUGUUGUCGCUGAUUUCACUCCAAUCCGAAGGUUCAAUGAAUCACGAGAGUAGACUUAUCAAUGAUUUAACCAACACUUCCGUAUAUUGGAAAUUUGGAAGACCAGUUCGGGAUAUUUCGAAAGCAGUAAUCGUAAAGCUUCGUUUAGCACUUGUCACUUUCCAAUUAGAAAGCACUACCGAAAAACUGAACUUCUUUGGUAACGUAUGGAUGAAAUGGAAUGAUGAGUACCUGCGAUGGAAUGAGUCGGAUUAUGGUGGGCUGAGGUCGAUCCUUCUAAGAGCAGACUCUGUUUGGUUGCCAGAUACAGCAAUUAAUAACAGGAUCGACGGAAGAGGUCUCUUUACCAUGGAAAAGAAUGAUAUGAUUAUGGUCAAAUCAGAUGGAAGCGCCACGUUUGCACCAGGCGGAGUGUUUGAAGUACAAUGCCCAACAUAUAUGGCGAGAUUCCCAUUCGAUGAACAGAACUGUGUAAUAUACAUUGGAAGUGAACACUACGACAUGAGUAAAUUGCGGAUUUUCAAAGAUAGCGAUAAAGAUAUUCAAACAAAUAUAACCGAAAACGGGGCCUGGUCGAUAAUUAGUAUAGAAGAUGAUGUCGUGAAUUACACUAUGCCUUGCGACAUACCUUCCCUCGGUUGUUAUCAGUAUGUGAAAAUAACUUUACAUCUGAGGCGUAAACCGGCGUACUUCAUUCUGAACAUCUUGAUCCCAUGUGUUGCCAUCUCCUUGCUUGUCCUGAUGGUGUUCUUUGUACCCUGCGAGUCGGGAGAGAAGAUCUCACUGAGCAUAAGCACAUUGGUGGCGCUGACCGUUUUCCAGAUGGCCAUUGUUGGGGACAUACCAAAGACCACAACGGAAACGCCAGUUAUAGUUCAUGGUCUAACUGCCCUGACAACCAUAUCUACUCUGUCGACCAUAUCGACUGUGUUCAUCCUCAAAUUUUUCUACAUGCCCAGAGACGUCGCAAUGCCCAGAUGGUUCCAUGCCAUUGUAUUCCGUAUUCUCAAUAGAAUCACAUGCUUUACUGAGGCCAGCGCAACUAAUGGAUGCAAAUCAUGCGACGCCCCAGCUAUGAAGCCGCUACAAACAGCUCCGACAUCGACUGAAACAGAUGGAACUCAUUCUGCAAUUUCCCAUGAGAGCAAGAUGGACAAAUGUGACCACCAUGAUGAUUGGAUUACCGCAGUUCGUAUAAUUGAUAGGUUUCUAUUGUACAUAUUUGUUUGCUCUUGGUCUAUUCUCAUUAUGAUCUGUAUUGUCUUGAUGAGUUUUUGAAAUGUCCAUCGGAAACAAACGUCAGUUUUAAAAUAUUUGGAGAUCCCUUCAAUUACGCAUCAACGUGUUUACUUGUUCUUAUUUCAACCAAUUAGUAUAAUCAAUGUGCAAGUUAAGGCCGUUUAGACGUGAACCGAAAAAAACGCAUUCUGAUUCGAUCGGAUCCGCCCCGAUUCCAAACUGGAUGUACCAAUUUACACGUAUAUCGGGUCUAAUGUUGCUGCGUUUUUCUUGGUUCGUACGACAAACCGUUUCAUGUGGCGAAUUUCAACCCUGAAGGUGAUGGUAGGAACAAUCAUCGCCGGUGGCGUUCAGUUUCAAUGCGAUAUAUAUCGCUGUAAACAAUACAUUUUGUAUUCUUUUGGUAGCUGGAAUCCAGUUUCCUUUGUACUGAUUUGUCACCCCAGAUGUGGAGCAAAUCAAACAUCACAUCAUCGCACUUACAUGUAUACGAGUAAGCUGAUCUAAAGAAAAUAGAGAGAAAUCAAGAAUAAUAUCAAAGUAAAUACAAGGAUCUGUCAAACUACGUGAUUUUAAUGUCAGGAAUUGCCGAAGUGACAAGAAGUGCUUCAAUACGCAUGCGUACAGGUGAAUUUUGCGUUUUUGCUCCUCUUGCCCUGAAACCUGUAUGACGUAUACCCAUCAAUUUUACGUAUUAUGUCUUUAAGGUUGUGACAGAAGUGUGUACGUCCAUUUUUCAGUCAUUCUAGCUUGUCUUGCCAGAUGUUUUGAUUCAAAUUGUUGGCUUGUGCCAGUCUAUAUUUAAUGUAUUCAACGGUGAUAAAGGUAAGAAAAGAAGAUAGAGGUGAAAUCCUUGGUAAAUUCCGUGCUUCACAAGAUCGAUUGCAUAAAGACAAAGGCAGGCAAGGACAAGAGUUUAAAUUAACAUUUAUUCAUGGAAGAUACCUUGACCAAAUCCUAGGCGAAAAGCAAGUAAUUAUUCCAAGUAAAUACAAGCGACUAAGGGUCACAGGAACUGAAACAUGUACUAUAAACAAAGAAAUAGAGCCAGGGAAAGUAUGUAUAAGCCUCGCAAACUUAGAAAACGGCCUUCACACUAUCUAUUAAGAGAACCAUCCGUAUUCCGAUUCGAUUUUUCAUAAAAAACAUAAUUUCUCAAUUUAUAUUUCGCGAAUCGAAAUUAUCCGCAAAAUUGCCAUUACGUUAUUUUUGCCUCGCAGUUAAAAGAAUUCAAGCCUCGUCCAGUACUUGGUCGAAGACCGCUCGCCCCUUGGCCUAAAUUCCAAUUGUUCUACAGUCUCGAAAGGGUCCUCAAGGGAUAUCUUGAUAUCGCCGACCCCACGAAACGUCUUUAUAGUGGUCAUCAAUAGGCCUGAGCCAGUGAGAGGAAAUGAACAUUAAAUGACCCACUUGAAAAGUUGGAGGUUUGCUGUAUUGGUACAUUGUAUUGGUAUUCUAUUUGCAAUCGUUGCCAUAUGAGUUUUUUGCUUGCUGUCUAUACAUGAUGUUUAUAAAUUGCCAGGUCAAACGAGGGUGGGAUUUCAAAUCAGGGAACUGUUAGAAUUAAGGGAUCAGGGGAGCAACUUUUUGUCGUGUGCUGAGAUCAAAACACUUCUAGAUUUUUUGUGUACAAUGUAAGUGUCUGAAUACUUUUAUUGUUUUGUCCAUAAGUUAAAAAUUAUGUCGAGAUUUCGGUGAUGUUCUUUUGUUGGCACCCGCACAAAAUGUUCAUGCACUUGCACAAUAUUUCUGUACCCUUAGUACGAAUAAACAUUCAUAUAUACAGGAACUAAACAAAGUCAAGUGCAUGUUUCUGUCUUUAUUUUCCCACAUUCAUACUUCUUUAUACAUGUUUUAGCUAGCGGUGUGAUCUAGUUUGCCCCCUCCACUAUAUAAUUGUUACAGAACAGUUAAAUCAAAUAGUGUAAAUAAGACACAAAAGUGCGCUAGUUUAUAUCGAAGUAGGACCAGUAUGACGAACAAAUGCGAAUGACAUAUUACAUAAUUUUUAUAUCCGCAACUCAUAAAAGCCAUUAUCCAGUGUGACAAUAUUAGGAAUUGUUUACUAUAUCUGUUAUUAUUAUUUCUGUGUUUCUCUCUAGCCCUGGUGAACCCAGACACCCAGGAUCGUUAACCAUUAUA